ACGCACAUCGUUUUGACGUUUCGUACGGGUGUUUCAAUUUCGAAUAGAGGAUUCCAGUCCAACGAACGGCAGCAGCGGCUUUGUUUUGUUUUGUGUCCAUUAUUUUCGGAUUGCAAUUGCAAUUAAUUUUCCAGGGCCACGGCAAAAGUGUGAAUGCAGUUCCCGCUAUGACCCCGGCCGAUUUCGAUUCCGUCGCCAAGCAUGUGUACAUAAACCAGGAACACAUCAAUCGUUACCUCGGUAAGGCAAAGAUUGCAUCCAAAUUCCACAACACCAGCGAGGAUCUACCGGGAACCCUGCUUGGCCUCACGAAGGAAGCCGUUCCGGAAGUAGCGGCGAAGGUGUUCGAUGUGCUGGAGCGUCCCAGCGAAGAAGAAAUUGACACACUGUUCGACACAAUCCGAUCACGAUCAUCCACCAACUCCAGCAGUGCCAACAAGCAGACGCAGCGGCAUGGAUCGUUCAAGAAAACGACGGCCGCACCACUGCAACAAUCCCGAUUGCUGAACGAAACCAACCUGAUAGCGAACCAAACCACCUCGCUGACCGGCUCCUGCUCCGAUAUGACCGCCUUAGUUAACAAAUCAUCCGUUCUACCAUCCAAGCAACCGUCGGUCGAUGUUGAUGCGCUCGUUGAUCGAUUCCGGCAGUCGAUCAAGGCGCUGGAUUCGAUCGAAAAUGGACAGAUUGAAGUUAUCGACCUGGCACAGAUCCGCCAACAGUUUCGGCGCGAAUGGGCAAGCAACCUAAAGGCAUGCCGCAACGUGGAAGCCUUGCUGGAUGAGUUUAAACAGCAGACGGAAAGCAAUGGGUCAGUUACGGUUAAGCGGGAACCGCUAAUAAGCAGUGAGCUGGUAAAAUCGAUGAAACAACUACAAACGAAACUACACUACGCAGUAUCGAUUAAGAAAGCGGACGUACUGCCCGACAUGACCAAAACGCUCAGCAAGGACGUGUUCCCGCUGUCCGAGUGUCUCGACACGAUUGACGAAACGAUCAGACAGAAGCAGCUGUAGCGGAUCGCGCUCUGUAGGCGACACUAUUCGAUUGAUGAAAUACAUAUUUAACGUACAUUAAA